AUGAUAUUUGGGAAUUUGUGGAACAAUUCCUGGAUCGAGGAAUUGUGGGAGAAAUUUGGGGAGACACUUGUCGAGUUUAAAUCACACGACGAUUUUCCACCCGAGAGUGGAGACGCCUACGACAAAGAGAGAAGAGAGUUCAGUAACCGUAAUUAUCGUGCAAAGCCGUUCCUGUUGGAGCGAAUUAAGGAACACCAAGCUCCUCCACUGUUGGAACAAUCCACCCAUGCAGGUGAUACUACAACGCAAGGUUCGCUCGACCACGUUCGUCUCCCGCAAAUCAAGCUGCAGUCGUUUGACGGGAACAUUGAUGAAUGGCUAAGCUUUCGAGAUCUGUUCACGUCUCUUAUGCAUUGUAAGGUGGAUCUGCCAGAGGUUGAAAAAUUCCACUACCUUAAGGGUUGCCUGCAAGGGGAACCGAAGAGUCUAGUUGACCCAUUGCAAAUUACUAGAUCAAACUACUUGAUCGCUUGGGAUAUGCUGCUAAAAAGGUACGACAACAGCAAACAAUUGAAAAGCGACAGGUCCAAUCGCUGUUUCAGUUGCCAACAGUUUCUAAGGAAUGCCCCAACCAACUUCAUGCUUUAUUAG